CGCUGGUUCCGGCAGAGUAAAUUCCAGAAGCCAGUGCGGGCUGUUCGCGGAACGAGCCGCUGAAAAGCCAGGUUCUCACCACCCGAUUUCCGUUCUUGUCUCUCCGCCGAGCAAGGCCCCCGCACCGCAGCAGCCAUGUCCCGAAGAAGGCACAGCUACAAGAGUGACGGAGGGCAGCCUCACAAGAGGCAAAAGACUUCAGAAUCCGUUGUUAUAGAGAACCGGUUAGAGUCAUUGAUAUGUCUGGUUGGACAGAAGAAUACUUUUUCAGUUGAGAGCAAUUUAGAAGGAUUGGCUGGUGUUUUGGAAGCUGAUUUGCCAAACUACCAAAGCAAGAUCUUGAAAAUUUUCUGUGCAGUUGCUCGGUGUUUGCCGGAGAAAAUGACUGUCUACACUACAUUGGUGGGACUACUGAAUGCCAGGAACUACAAUUUUGGAGGAGAAUUUGUAGAAGCUAUGAUUCGUCAACUCAAAGAAGCAAUAAAAUCUAAUUCAUACACAGAGGCUACAUACAUUGUCCGCUUUCUAUCUGAUAUUGUGAAUUGCCAUGUUAUCGCAGCCCCCUCCUUGGUAGCCAUGUUUGAAAGUUUUGUUGCCGUCACUCAAGAAGAAAAUGUUCCCCAGGUUCGUGCCGAUUGGUACGUGUUCGCUGUCCUUUCCUCCCUGCCAUGGGUUGGAAAAGAACUGUAUGAGAAGAAGGAUGUUGAGAUGGAUCGUAUUUUUUCACAAAUCGAAAGUUACCUCAAGAAACGUCAAAAGAUCCAUUUGUCAAUGUUGCAAGUAUGGUCAGCAGACAAGCCUCACCCACAAGAAGAGUACCUUGAUUGCCUGUGGGCACAGAUUCAAAAGAUGAAAAAGGAUCAUUGGCAGGAAAGGCAUAUAUUGCGCCCAUAUCUUGCCUUUGACAGCAUAUUAUGUGAAGCCCUGCAGCACAAUCUACCACCUUUCACACCACCACCUCACACAGGUGAUUCGAUCUACCCCAUGCCAAGAGUCAUUUUCAGGAUGUUUGACUACACAGACGCACCAGAGGGUCCAGUAAUGCCUGGAACUCAUUCUGCAGAGCGAUUUGUCAUAGAGGAAAAUCUCCACUGUAUUAUUAAGUCACAUUGGCGUGAGAGAAAAACAUGUGCGGCACAGCUACUUAGCUACGCUGGAAAAAAUAAGAUUCCAUUAAACUACCACAUUGUUGAGAUCAUCUUUGGUGAAUUGUUUCAGCUUCCUGUACCACCACAUCCAGAGGUCAUGUACACAUCACUAUUAAUUGAACUUUGCAAGCUACAACCAGGAUCUUUACCACAAGUGCUUGCCCAAGCCACUGAGAUGCUUUAUACUCGCUUAGACACCAUGAACACAACUUGCAUUGACAGGUUCAUAAACUGGUUUUCUCACCACCUGAGUAACUUCAGAUUCCGAUGGAAUUGGGAAGAUUGGGCAGAUUGUCUUUCACAAGAUCUAGACCGACCUAAGCCCCAGUUUGUUCGAGAAGUUUUAGAAAAGUGCAUGAGACUUUCUUACCAUCAGCGCAUAUUGGAUAUUGUGCCUUCAUCCUUUUCUGCAUUGUACCCAGCAAAUCCGAAAUGCAUUUACAAGUAUGGGGAUGAGAGUAGCAGUACUCUAAUUGGCUAUGCUCCUGCUACUACUUUGACCAGCGUCAUCAAAAACAGGGCCAUCAAUGAAGAUAUCUUUAAUAUUUUAAAAGACGUACCAAAUCCUAAUCAAGAUGAUGAUGAUGAAGGAAUUGGCUUCAAUCCACUGAAGAUUGAUGUUUUUUUACAGUCCCUGUUAAAUUUGGCUUCUAAAUCAUUUAGCCAUUCAUUUAGUGCGCUUGCGAAGUUUCAUGAAGUCUUGAAAUCACUGUCUGAUAGUGAAGAAGGAAAGUUGCAUAUUCUAAGAGUUGUUUACGAAGUCUGGAAAAAUCAUCCCCAGAUGAUUGCAGUGCUGGUGGAUAAGAUGAUACGAACACAAAUUGUUGAUUGUGCUGCUGUAGCCAACUGGAUUUUCUCUCCUGAGUUAUCACACGACUUCACUAGGUUAUACAUUUGGGAAAUUUUGCAUUCCACCAUUAGAAAAAUGAACAAACAUGUACAGAAAGUACAGAAAGAAUUGGAGGACAGUAAACAACGGCUUGCCAGGCAUAACAAACGUAGAGAUGAAGAUGACGAUGAUGACAGUGGGAGGGAGGACGGGCCUUUGGAGGAACAGAUUGAACGUUUACAAGAGAAACUGGAGUCUGCACAAAGUGAACAAAAGAAUCUCUUCCUUGUUAUUUUCCAGCGCUUCAUUAUGAUCCUCACAGAGCACUUAGUGCGCUGUGAAACAGGAGGUAUUGAUGUGAUAACUCCGUGGUAUAAGAACUGCGUAGAGCGACUUCAGCAAAUCUUUUUACAGCAUCAUCAGAUAAUCCACCAGUACAUGGUGACCUUGGAGAACCUCUUGUUCACAGCAGAACUUGACCAUCACAUCCUGACUGUCUUCCAGCAGUUCUGUGCACUGCAGGCUUGAUAACAGCACUGGAGGUUCUUCUCCGCACCUUACUGCAUUACAGUGCUGGAGACUUGUGGGGGAAAGUAAAUUUUUAUAUCAACAGUAACACAUUUUAAAUGUGAUUAUAAUAGAUUAAAGCAGACUUUUACUAUUUAAAAUAGGUGGCUUCAGAUUGGAAGUGAACUAUGAACUCUAGUAUGACAAACAUUUUUGUUUUGUAUUAGCCAUGAUGCUUUAGCAUUGAGAUGCCCUUCCCCUCCCAACACAUUUUUUUUUUUUUUUUCCCCUUCUGUAGUCCUAACUUGUAAUAUUUUAAUAUAUUGCUUGGUUUCUUUGUGAAGUGAGGAUUCAGUUAUGUAAAGAGGCUAUAACUGCCUGUGUCCUUAUUUUCUGUUCCCCUCUUCCCUCCCACCCCUUUCCCUGGGAGAAAAUAUCCAACUUGACAAACAUUGAGUUUGCUUGCAAUUUUGUUGUUCACCCCUCCUUUGACGUGUCUUGUCUUGUUUUUGAAUAUGUCCUUAAUUCAAAUACAAAAUAUACUUUUUGAUCUUAAAA